AUGACCUACUUUCAGAAAAGGGAAGGGAACCUGAUCGAGAUGAAAGAACCCGGCGACUACGUCAGUCGUGCGGACAGGAACGUGGAAGAACUGAUCCGGCAGGAGCUUGAAACCGCAUUUCCCGAUGAUGCACUGGUCUGCGAGGAAAGUGGCGGGGUCGCGGAAGCGGGGUUCUGGGCAGUCGACCCGAUUGACGGCAGUGCCAACUUUCUGAGCGGAAAUCCCCUGUGGGCGGUUUCGAUUGCCUAUGUGGAAGACGGGUCCCCCAGGCUGGGCGGAAUCGCCCUGCCGGCCCUGGGGGAAGUCCAUAUUGCUGAAGCAGGGCGGACGCUCAAUUUAGAAAGGAGCUUCGCUCCGGCUGUCGUCUUUGGUGUCGGACGAAACGCGAAAUGGAACCGUGACGACCGGAUAGCAUGGGAAAACCAAGCCGAAGGACUGGACCUCAACGUCUGCUGUCUUGGAUCCUGUGCCGCUUCUCUUGCCUUCUGCGCCUCGCGCCGCAUGGCUGGUUAUGUCGAAAAAUCCGUCUAUGUCUGGGAUAUUGCCGCCGGCGCCGUACUGUGCGCGGCGGCGGGCCUCGAUGUUGAAUGCGAAAUUGAUACCAGGACCAUGCGAGGUGAUAUUUUCGUGAUGGAAAAGUCUGCCAGAAUGCGCGGCCAGAUCUCGUUCAACUGA